CUCCCUGUACUUGAGACCUUGUUCUUGCAGUUCCUUCUUUCCUGUUUUUGAUUGCCUCUUGUUUUGAUCUGGUGGUUUUUUAAUGGCCUCCAGCUCCCAAAUAGCUUGUGCAUCUUCUCAUUCAUCAGCUCCUUGCUGGACGUAUGAUGUGUUUUUGAGUUUCAGGGGUGUAGACACUCGCAAGGGGAUUACAGUGGACAUACACGAUCGACUUAAUCGGAGAGGAAUUAAAACAUUCAUGGAUGACCAAGAUCUUGAAGUAGGGGAUGCUAUUUCUCCCACUCUCUUAGCAGCAAUCAAAGAAUCAAGGUUUGCAAUCGUUGUUCUCUCGCAAAAUUAUGCUUCUUCUGCUUGGUGUUUGGAGGAACUUAGAGAAAUUUGUCUAUUAAUGGAAGACAACAGAAUUUUGCCACUUUUUUAUCAUGUUGAUCCUACUGAUGUUCGAUAUCAGAAGAGGAGUUUCGAAGAAGCUUUUUCUAAGCAUGAAACCUCCUGGCGACAUGAAUCAGAGAAAGUGAAGCAAUGGAAAGCUGCUUUAAACAAAGUGGCCGGUUUUUCUGGGUGGAAUACAAAUGAUUAUAAGACUCACAAAGAACUUGUUGAUGUGAUUGUGGAAUUUCUCUGCAGUAAAGUAGUACCUGACGCAAUUGAGUCCACAGGAGAUUUUGAUGCAUUUGAAGCAACAAGACAAGCCAUGGAUGAAGUUAUGAAGGCCUUUAAAGAUGACGAGAUCACUGCCAUAGGUGUCUACGGCAUGGGAGGCGUCGGCAAGACAACCAUGGUAAAACAUGUCGGUGCACAUGGCCGAAAAAGUGGGAUUUUUGAUUAUGUGAUUAUGGGUGUCGUCUCACAACGCCUUGACUACAGAAAAAUUCAAGGCACAUUGGCAGAUCUGUUGGGCGUCAAAUUGGAGGAGGAGACAGAAAUUGGAAGAGCAGUUAGAUUGAGAAAUGAGAUAAUGAGAAGAACAAAGAUCCUUAUAAUCCUGGACGACAUUUGGGAGAGAAUGGACUUGUCAGACAUAGGAAUACCUAGCUACAAGGAACUUCGAAAGUGCAAGUCCAAAGUGCUACUCACCACAAGGAUAAGGAAUGUCUGUCAUGCCAUGAAGUGCCAAGAAAAGAUCAACCUCAAUAUCUUGUCAAAAGAAGAUUCUUGGACCUUGUUUGUGAGAAAUGCAGGAAGGUCUUUUGAAUCCACCAAUUUCGAUGAGGUAGGGAGGAAGGUAGCUAGAGAAUGUUGUGGUCUACCGAUUGCAUUGAUAGCAGUUGCGAGGGCACUUGGAGAUAAAGACUUGGUGGAAUGGAAAAGAGCAGCUCAACGACUAGAGAAGUCGCAAGCUGCCAACCCUGACGAUUACGGAGAAGCAUCCAAUUGUAUAAAAUUAAGCUAUGAUUACUUGAAAGAUGAGGACUACAAAUCAUACUUCUUGCUCUGUUGCUUAUUCCCAGAAGACGAUGAAGUCAAAAUUGAACACUUGUUCAGGUAUGCUAUUGGGAAAGGAUUGUUUCGAGAUGCCGACACACUCGAAGAAGCCAGAGAGAGAGCUGAUUCCGUGGCCACGCACCUUAAACAUUCUUGCUUGCUUUUGGAUAGUGAUACGGAUGGAUGUGUAAGGAUGCAUGAUGUUGUCCGGGAUACAGCCAUUCAAAUUGCGCAAUCUGAAGAUGGGUUUUUGGUGAAAGCUGGCUGUCGUUUAGUGGAUUGGCCACGUCAAUUACAUGAAGACUACUCUGCAAUCUCACUAAUGGAGAAUGAUAUUCAAAAGCUACCCGAAAAGUUGGUAUGUCCAAAACUCCAGAUUUUGUCACUGAAAAAUAAUAUCUGGAUAGAAAAGAUACCAGAAACUUUCUUUCAAGGUCCGAAUGAGUUAACAGUAUUAGAUCUUACCAGCACUAGUAUUGCAUUACUACCCGAAUCAUUCAGUCUGCUAACCAACCUCCAAGCUCUGUAUUUAGAUGGCUGUCAAGUCCUAACAAUAAAUAAAAUUUCCAUACUAGGAAGACUUAAAAAGCUUGAGAUUCUUAGUAUGAGAAACUGUUAUUUGAAAGAGUUGUCAAGAGAAAUAGGAAAUUUGACCAAUUUAAGGAUGUUGGAUAUCACUGGUGGUGAUAUGAAUACAAUUUCAUCAAAAGUGAUUUCAAAGUUGCAUAAGUUAGAAGAAUUGUACAUGCAAUGUGGAUUUCACGAUUGGGGGAGUAAAGUCAGGGGAGAAGGAGAAGAAACCAAUGCUAGCUUUGAUGAGGUAACUAGCUUGUCAAAUCUAAGAGUUUUGGAGGUUUGUAUCUCUGAUGCAGAAUGUAUCCCUAAAGAUGUCAAGUUCAAUCCGAAUUGGGUCAAGUUUGAUAUAUGUAUUGGCAGAGACCGCUACAAGGCAUCGUAUGCAUUUAGUCAUAAUUCAAUAUCCUUAAUGCUUGACACCACUAGUAGCUUCCCAGACUGGUUUCUCAACGUGGUGAUGAACAAAACACAAAGGAUAGUGUGGGAAGGGUGCCAAAGGUUGAUCAAAAUUUUUGUGGAUUAUGAACAUGGGAGGUUACAAGAAUUGAAACAUCUCUCUGUAUAUGGUGACGAUUGCUAUGAGCUGAUGAAUGCAUUAACAUGGGUUCCAAAAAAACCUGUGUUCGAGAACUUGGAAAAGUUGCAUUUGAGUGACGUAGAUUGCCAUGAGUUAUGUGUUGGUGACUUACCAGUUGGAUCUCUAUUCAAUUUGCAGAUAUUGAAGGUACACUCUUGUCUCAACUGGGGGAAUGUACUUUUACCAUCAGUACUGUUACCAAAUCUGGAAGAACUAAAUUGUAGUUUCAUCAACAUUGAAUAUGUGUUUGGCUGUGAAGCAUUAUCUGAGCCAAAACAAUCAAAAUUGAGAAAGAUGGAAUUGUCUAAUCUAUAUACAGUACGAAGCAUAUGUGAUGGACCAGCUCCACCUGCAAUGUUACAGACUCUUCAAAGUUUAUCCAUUAAGGAGUGCUCCUUGCAGGGAAGUCUCUUCACCUCUGAUGUUGCUCAGUGUCUUUCUCAGUUGAAUUACUUAAAUUUAGAGCAUUGCUCCUCUUUGGAGAGAAUUGUUGAAGCAAGCAACAAGAAGAUCAUUAUUCCGAAAUUGAAGGAAUUAAGUUUGACGGGACUGGACAUGUUGUACUAUGAAAGUGCUACUUUUGAUAUUGAGUGUCCUUCAUUGGAAGAAUUGUCUAUUUGGAACUGCCCCAAGUUUUCAAUCUCUCCUUCUGACUUCCACAGCAGCAAACAAGUCCAACUCAACAGGUAUGUCGCUGUGUCAAAAACUUACUUGAUUUGUCAUAUUUGGUAGUCUGAAUUUUUUUUUUUUUUUUAAACACCUUAUUCCACCCCAUCCUUACAUAUGUCAGUAAGAAUUAAACAAAUACAAAAUGCUAAAUUUAAAAAAAAUAUAUAUAAUUAAAUUAAAAAAAUUCAAAUCCUGGAUUCAUUGGCAAGCUUUGAAUGGAGGGAAAAAAAUACAAACAGUAUCCAAAUUAUAGUCGACUCCAAAUUUCUGUACCCAAGUUUCCAAAACUAUCACUUUGGUACCUGAAGUUCAGACCCCGACCCAACUUUAGUACCUAAAACACUGUUGGCCGUUACGGAGUUAGUCAACUGUCAAACUUUGAGGGGUAUUCUCGUCCUUUCACCAGAUUUCUUCUUCUUCCUCAAACUCUCUUCAUUUUCUUCUUCCUCCCAACUCUCCCAUCAUCUUGGGCACGGGUGGGCUGCGCAGGCGCGGGGCGCUGGGUGGGCUGUGCAAGCGUGGGACGCGGGUACAUAUGAUGGGUCGGGCUAGAUAACCUGGGUACCAUUGUGAUAGUUUUUGAAAAUUUGGGUACAGAAAUUCAGAGUCGGUCAUAGGUUGUGUACUAUUUGUAUUUUUUUCCCUGGAGGUAAAGACAGGGGGUCGGUUUUACCCCUAAGAAAAUGCCACGUGGCAUGAUAGUUAACGCCGUCCAUGACGACAGGUACGAAUGUUGGGUCGGGUGGGAUAUUUGGGGUACUAUUGUGAUAGUUUCCGAAGCUUGGGUAUAGAAAUUCGGAGUGGCCUAUAAGUUGGGUACUGUUUGUAAUUUUUUCCCUUGAAUGGAAAUGAGUUUCCGAAACCAAUACACCAGUCAAAUUGUAACUUUGUUUCUUUGAAUCUUUAGUUAUUAUUUUCCUUUAGUAUCAUUCCUAAUCAUCUAUCAUUCUCUUUUUUAAAUUUUUGAUAAUCAAAUGAUUGUUAAUAUUUCAUAGAAAUUUCAUGUCACAGACGAAUUAUCUGUUUUUAAUUGCUCUAUUAAACAAACUGCAAUACAAUAUGAAAAGGCUAGGUACGCUUGGAAAAAAAUUGGAAAACAGGGUACUUGGGAAUGUGCAUCACAUUGUAUAUUUAAUCAAUUAUGUUUUAUGUUCAGUUAUUUUCUCUAAUGUUUCAUUUUAGUUUAGUUUUGCUUUUAGAUUUCUGCUCCUAGCUUAUUGUUUCUGUUUUCCAAAUAGAUUGAAAAAUGUAUUGUUAACAAUAUUUUGAGACUUUGGAGAUGCAUUAAAUUUCCAACUUAUAUACUUAUCUCAUCUCAAAUUGAC